GAUGAAUGUUUGGCAUUCCCAGGAUGCGCUGGCUGUUGCGAGGGUCGGACUUCAUCCUUAGUGGCUGGCGUAGAAGCUUUAAGUUACUACUGACAUACGCGCUGCGGUUGCCGAAAUCCUCAUUCAACUCCUGGCGUUGUAAGGGUAACAUUGAUCUAUCAGCCGGGACUAUUCACCAUGGACAGGGUUAUUUUCUCCAUCAUCGUAGUUGCAGGUCUGGUAUGGAGCUGCUGUGCUGACUGCGACUUUGCCGCUGUGGGGAAAUGUUCCGAAAACUGGGGAAACCAAGCCCAAAAUAUAAAAGACAUGGCAACGGUUUGCAGAAUAUACGGCGAGUUCAAAAAUUGUGUAUCAGCCCAAAAAGACUGCGAUCUGACUUCAUUACUGAAAACUACUGAAGAUCAAAUGAAGCAAUCUGGUUUUGAUUUGAAUUCAUGUGCUGGUGGUGCUGGUGGUGCUGGUGGUGCUGGUGGUGCUGGCGGUGCUGGCGGUGCUGGCGGGGGGCCUGCUGGUGGAAGUGAUUGCGACUUCCAAGCUCUCGGGAAAUGUUCAGAGAUACUAAGCAAAAAUCAGGGGGCAGAAGACUCUGCAACGUUAUGCAGAGUCUUUGGUGAAUACGAAGGUUGUGUGUCGUCGAAAAAAGGCUGCGAUAUUGAUUCAGUAUUGAAAACUAUGAAAGAUAGCAUGAAGAAAAGUGGUUUUGAUUCCAGUACAUGCUCCUCCGCUGGGAUGUUUCAAGUGUCCAUUGCUUGUGCCCUCCUGGCCCUCAUUGCGUCCUUCUUUACGCGAUAAUUACACCCACUGAGUGCCUUAGUCAACUUUUUUCAUCUACUUUUAUGUCACUCCAUUACUGUUAGUCAACAUGUUUACAAUGCCAGUUGUCAAUUACAACUUUCGUGCUCAAUUAAUUAACGUCGUCCAACUGUCUGUCAAUAUACACGAGAAUACAUUUUUUAUAAAUAUUUUUCUCUUGUGUCUACAAAUCUGUAUAUGUCUGCUUGACCACCCCUCUAUCCUAUGUGUGCCACGUUCUCCUGCAGGUGGCAAAUUACGCCCAUAUUAUUACGAAGAACCAAAUUUAUUUCACAAGUCUUAAGAAAGAAGGUGUGUGGAUGUUAUUUAAUACAGCAGGUAGCAGCCAAAAGGAAAUAUAGCAGUGAAUAUUUGUUUGGGUCACUGAAAAUCAUCGAGGACGCCGGGUGUUCGCGAAAAGGGUAAAUCCUAAGCCCUGCCCCACCGGAAGCUCCAGGCACUGGCACAAUGUGCACAAUGACGUAGGAUUCCGACUGUGACCGAUGCCACACAGCAGCACUCCUGCCAUACGACGCCUCCCGCAAACAGUCGAGUCUGGACCAGACAAUCAAGUGAUGGACCAAACAACUCAGUGACACCAUAGCGCAUCCACUGAUUUUGUUGAAUCUAAAGACGAUAUACCAAUUUUGAACAUCUGUCGUGUACAACUACAUUGUAAACAAACCCUAGUUUCUACCGGGAAUAUCACCAGGUGUUAUAUUUUGUCAAAGACGAGGAAUUUGUCUGAAGCCACAUAACUUGUUUUCUUGCCUUAUUCAGAAACGAAAGCACCGAGCACCGAAUGCAUCACAACGACAAUUAUGAUCAUCAGCGCUUCCUUUAAAACUAGUCAUGUCAAUGCUUUGUACCCUGCCCCCUGUAGGUGUUUAUUUACAAUAAAAUCUUCGUCUUCC